AGGAAAACUGAUGCAAGGAAGUGGACUGCGUCAGCAGCCAGCCCACUACACUCUGCUUCUAAAGUAUUAUCCAGAGCUGCCGGAGAAAGGAGUAUUUUUUCAAGUCACAGAUGAAACUUCUGCUUUUCACAGCAUGGAUCACAAGUUUGAUGGACAUUUACUGCCUCUCUGACAUUUGUGGCUCCUGCCACAAAUAUGCCACGUGUAAGACCAUGAACGGAUCACAGAAGGCCUGCUUCUGUAACCUGGGUUUUACGGGGGAUGGAACAGGCUUUUGCGAAGAUGACGACGAGUGCCAGAAUGCCACUAACAUCUGUGGGGACAGGAGCCAGUGUUAUAACAUGGUGGGCAGCUUCUACUGCAUAUGUGACUCUGGAUACAGAUCCACAGGACUCCCUAAGUUCCAGCCAAACGAUGGCACCGAAUGCACAGAUAUUGAUGAGUGCAAGUCUGGACAGAUCUGUGGACCAAACUCACACUGCCAUAAUAAAAAUGGAUCUUUCUACUGCUCCUGUCAGCGUGAUUAUACUCCAACUUCAGGCACUAAGCACUUUCAUCCAGACAAAGGUGCAAGUUGUAAAGAAAAUCCACAGAAAUUCUGCCACAACAACAUGAGAUGCAUGACGCAGGCUGUCAAUAAAACACUAGAAAAUAUGAGCAAUUUCACCGAGCCGCAGAGUCUCCUGAAAGAGAUUGCCAAGCAGACGUCUGGCGAACUUACCUCAGUGGAAGUAAUUGCGUAUGUUGAGGCCUUGAGUCGAUCCGCUUCAACACUGGCUGCUGGAAAGAAGGAUUUCACUGUCAAACCAUCUGCCAUCAACUCUACCCUUUCAAAAUUAGUUCAAGCGGUAAACAACUUAGUGGAGAAGGAUGAGCUGGUGGCUUGGAGCAGAAUGAAAGAGGAGCGUCGGGAGCACACCAUCACCAAGCUGCUGCACGUUGUGGAAGAAGGGGCUCUGUCUCUGGGGAGCAACUGCAGAACCUCAACUGAGAUUGAUGUCAGAGCAACUGAAAUGGAACUGAAACUCUUCACCUUUGAUGUUCAACAAACAAAAGCCAAACUUUCGGCUUCAAUGGGGGGAGAUCGGAUAAGUCUCACGCCAAAGCUGACGCCAAAGGAUGGCAGAAAUGGAAGUGUGUCGGUGGUGUUUGUGCGAUAUGACAGCAUCAGUGACAUCCUGAAGCCGAGCAGCGACCCAGGUGUCACCGACUAUUCGCGCUAUGCUGGAACGGGGGAAAUCAAUGUCAACUCCCAAGUCAUAGCAGCGGCUGUCAAACCUGCUGACGUUUACCAACUUGACCAUGUCACCUUCACUCUAAGGCACAAAGAGCCUAUUGACACUACAGCUGAUGUGACAAAGUGUGCCUUCUGGGAGUACGAGGCGGACAGCCUGCAAGGCCGCUGGGCCACACACGGCUGCAAGACUGUAAGCGUGUCCAGCAAUGCAACCACCUGCACCUGCAACCACCUCACGCACUUCGCAAUCCUCAUGUCAUCCGGCCGGGCGAACUUGGUGGCCCACCAUACCAUCCUGACCCGGAUCACCCAACUGGGGAUGAUCAUCUCUCUCAUCUGUUUGUUCCUGUGCAUCUUCACCUUCUGGUUCUUCAGCGAGAUCCAGAGCACCAGAACCACCAUCCACAAGAACCUGUGCUGCAGCCUCUUUAUGGCUGAGUUUAUCUUCCUGGUUGGAAUCAACAUGAACACUCAUAAGCUUUUCUGCUCCGUGAUCGCAGGGUUGCUGCAUUAUUUCUUCCUGGCAGCCUUUGCCUGGAUGUGCAUUGAAGGAAUCCAUCUGUACUUGAUAGUUGUGGGUGUGAUCUAUAACAAAGGCUUUCUACACCGGAACUUCUACAUCUUUGGCUAUGGAAGUCCAGCAGUGGUGGUGGCCAUCUCAGCGACACUGGGUUCCAAGUAUUACGGCACAGAUAGAGUGUGUUGGCUGAGCACGGAAAAUCACUUUAUCUGGAGCUUCAUCGGACCGGCAUGCCUGAUCAUCCUGGUUAAUCUCUUGGCCUUUGGAGUAAUCAUCUACAAGGUGUACCGGCACACCGCUGUGAAAAAGCCUGAAAUCAGCCACUAUGAAAAUAUCAGGUCAUGUGCCCGCGGCGCCUUUGCUCUACUGUUUGUGCUCGGCGCCACCUGGACCUUCGGAGUGCUGCAUAUUCUCCACGAGACGACGCUCACCGCCUAUCUGUUCACGAUCACAAACGCCUUUCAAGGAAUGUUCAUCUUCAUCUUCCUCUGCGUGCUCUCCAGAAAGAUUCAGGAGGAAUACUACAGGCUUUUCAAGAAUGUGCCAUGUUGUUUUGAAUGUCUAAGAUGAACAUAUUGACCGUCUGCUCGUCCACAAGAAUAGUUGGCAAUGUUGCUUUGCAAAAUGUCAUUAUUCACAGUUUAAAUUUCUAAAAAAGUCUGGUGGAAGAAUUGUUAGGUAGAGAUAUCUAAUAAAUAUGACCAUUAUACCGUCUUAAAAAAUAAUUUUCUAUUCAAAACAUUGGAUUAAUAUGUUUCGCUUUUUAGUUUCAUUUCUUUAUAAUUACUUUCUUACAAUAAAGCCUCACCAGUGUAUUGACUUUUUUGCGAGACGAUUCUUUUUAGAGAACAAUGAAAGUUGUUUUUUUUCUCUUCCAGUUUAAUUUAAUACCUUAGCAGUUAUCAGCCAAAUGCCUGAAAUCUUCUUUAAAGCCUCAGUCUUUGUUGUUUCUUUUCAUUUUAAAUUGAUCUGCAAAUUAUUCAAAUGAAUGUGGGAGACUUCGACAAAUCUCUCCACUGACUUCUUUCAUUUGUAAAAAUCAAUGUCUGUGUGUAACACAGACUUCAACGUCUCUUUUUACGCAACAUGCAGUAAAGUGUGCAAUCAAUACAAAUUCAAUGUGGUGUUUGGACAGACAAAUAGCUCCAUCUACUGGACAGGAUGAGGGAUGAUCACUGUAAAAAAACAAUCUGCAUUUCUGACAGUCUGGUAAAAUCUUUUGUCUCUUCUUUGCAAACUAAAGUAAAGUUAAAAUAAAAGUGUAUAUAUUUUCUGUACGAUGUUAGCAGUGUGUCCUGAGCUUCAGGUCCCUGUAUCUACGUUGGUUAAUAAAUGACACGUCUUACUCCUCUUA